AACAUAUUGAUGAGGGGACUAGGGCGCAUGAUGCGCAGUGCUCCCAGGCACGGUGCUGGGGGUGGCUUCAGACACAGAGGCAUACCAGGAGGUGGCGGCGGCAGACGUGGCAAUAUGGGUCUGCUACUGUUGGUGAUCGAAAUACUGCGCGUAGGUUGGGAUAGAAUACCACCCGCCACCCUCUCGCUACUGAGUGGUAUGGUGUUUGUGUUCUUGAACCCCGUAAACUGGCAUAUGCACUCGCCAGGUCAGGCGUGUCUCAGUGCGACCAGGAUAUUACACAACCCUGCUCACAAUGCCUACCGAGGAGUGACGCACGCCUUCUACCAUGCCAGCGACUUCCACCUGUACUACAACAUGGUCUCACUGAUACACAAGGGCAUGCAACUUGAGCCCAGGCUAGGCAUGCAACUGUAUGUGGGGGUGCUGGGUGCCAUCGUCGUUAUAGAAUCACUCAUCUACGUAUUUGUGGUGGAGACGCUGAUGAUGGUCUUCGGUCGACACGCGCCAAUGGUUGGGUCUGACUGCAGCCUGGGGUUUAGUGGAGUGCUGUUUGGUAUGAAGGUGGUGCUGCAAGCCACUAAUCCGAAUCCUAACACCGUGUCGUCGUUCUUCGGUCUGUUUACCGUCCCCAACAAAUACGCACACUGGGUAUACCAAGGAGAGUCGUCGCAAGAUACUUCCACACUAGACAGUGAGUGGGAUCAACUGGAUGUGCUCAGACGUGGACGUACACAGCUUGCGCAGUCCCAGCAGACAAGAACCCCUGUCAGAAGCUCUACUCGUGAACACAUGGAUCAACCCCAUGCAGAGCCUUUGGUUAGCCAAGUCACUAGCACGACUGCAUCACUCGAACCAACUUACGGAGAAGUUGCUAGUGACACAAGCAUGCCCCACUCAGGACUACUGACCCAGCAGGAACUGCGAGCUCGGCGUGUGGCGAGAUUCGAUAAAUCGUAGUGUGAUAUAUGUUUAUACAUAAUGUAUAUAUGUUUACACAUAUUGUAUAUAUGUUUAUACAUAUUAUAUAUGUGUUUAUACAUAUUUUAUAUGUGUUUAUACAUACUAUAUAUAUGUUUAUACAUGUAGCAUAGACCAUGGUGUGGUACACAUGUGCAUGGCAUACCACGCCUAUGCCAAUGGGAUUAAGCACAGGAGGUGCCGUGUGGAGUGAGGGUAUUAAUUCCUUUACCAAUAGAUCCCUUCUCCGAAUACACCUCUACGGGCCACGGUUUGUCUCAGUAACCGUUCACGGACUUUAAGACUAUGAACUAGAAGCCCCCAUUCCACGCGAUAUAAACCGUGGUACACAGCCGGCGAUGAUAGUAUGUUUCAUCGCAGGGCUAUCUGAGUAUGCGACCAUGACAUGUAGGCGAGGGCACUGCUUGUGUGUAGGUUAAGAGGCCUCGAGAGCACUCGUGCGUAAACCAUGUAGGAUAGUACCAGAGUAUGUCUACACUGGUGAUUGCAGCCACCGUACUAUAUAUAUAUAUAUAUAUAUAUAUAUAUAUAUAGGUAAUUGCGGAGAAGGCUCGAUUUGACCUUACCACUGAUACCGCGCAGUAGCCCAAUGGAUGGGAUAGCAAACUGCUCGCUACCAUACUUCCACUCAAUGAGAUGAGACCAGAACAAAGCAAACACCAAGGUUGACAACCAGCUACUUGCCAGCACUAUCACCACGUUGCAUGAAGCGGCAACCGUGUAUCUGCAGUGACUCCGCUGACAAGUAUAGUGCAGAAUGCACUCGGCACAGAGUUCAAGAGGAAGCUUUGUGGACUGGAUGCGCAAAGUCAAGCAGUACAUGAGACUGAAGAAGCAAAUAAACAUAACGUAAACGCGUUUAUCACCUUUCACAGCACUGCCCGCCCCUAUCACUACAUGAAGUUGCACAAUGGAUCUACGUUAAAUACGCGUAAACGCGUUUAACCCUAUUUACAGUACGGCCACUACCACUACAUGAAGUUGCACAUAUAGACCUACGUUAAAUACGCGUAAACGCG